ACGACACUCACUCCCUCAAUUCAACCAGCACGACAAUGACAAUGACAAUGCCCCUCCGAAUAAGACCCACGGGUCUAACACGUACCCUUCUCUCCCGACCAUCCCCCUCUUCCUCUUCCUUUACCUCCAUACUCUCCAGACCAUGCCGCACACCCACAUCCAAAUCCUACGCUACAUCCGAGCGCCUCCCCAAAAUCGCAGAUAGCUCGGUAUGGACCGCGAUGGUACCCCGAUUCAUCCGGACCCGCAAAUCGCGCAAAGCAGGCGAAUCAAAAGAAUGGAACCCGGCUACAUUCUACAUCGUGAUGUUUACGUUGAUCGGGUCGCAGGCGAUCCGGCUGCUUACCUUGAAGAAAGGGUAUGCGGCGUAUCGCCGGUCUGCGGAUGCGAAGAUUGAGUUGUUGAAGGAGGUUAUUGAGCGGGUGCAGAAGGGGGAGAAUGUUGAUGUGGAGAAGUUGUUGGGGACAGGGGAUGAGGGGAAGGAGCUGGAGUGGGAGCAUGUUCUGCGACAGAUUGAGCAAGAAGAUGCGCAGUGGCAUUCAAAACAAAAAGCUGAGAAAGAGAAAGAGAAGGAACAAAAGCAGGCUAUGCAGGAGUUGGAGAAGAAAGAGUCGGCUUCGGUUGUUCCUGAUACGACGAGUGAGAAGGAUGCUACGAAGAAGACGCAGUCGACACGGAAGGUCAACUUUUUCUGAGAACGGGAUAUCGUGGCUGUUUGCGCAAGCUCAUUCGGAUCUUCAUUGUCUUGGAUCAGGUACGAUAUUCUGAAAAGAACUUGACUGCUCGCGGCCUGCCAUAUUGCUUCAGGGACCUCUGCUCGUGAAGGGCUUCUCGACAGCACUAUUCUCUGUCUACGCACUGGAACCACACCCAAUUGUGCGAGAUUCUGAUACCCUCUGAUGGUCCCUCCUAUCGCCGAUACAUCCUCAAAUGGAUCCUAUGUACUUUUACUUGUAUAUACCUGUCCCAACCAUGGGCAAAUACCCACAAUUCCACCGUACAACCUCCUGCUUCUAUUGAGCUACCUUUACUCUAUCA